GGAGCAGUUGAGCAGAUGAAAGCGAGCAGAAGGAGAACGAGGGCGUUUGAGGUUUCCUCUUCCUGUAGAAGAAGCACAGAGACGCUGAGAGAUCAGAACAGCAUUCGACAUCAGGACAGUAAACCAUCCGCAGCGAUGAUUCUCACGGGCUUCGUGUUUCUGACGCUCACGGCGGCUCUGAGUCCAGCUGAGGGUCAAGAAAUCAAAGAGAUCACAGCAAAUAGUGUCAUUCUGACCUGCUCUGGAAGUGAAACUGUGGCAAAGUGGUAUAAAAAAAAUGAAAUAAAUCCCAUAAGCACAAGUGUCACCUAUGAAGUUACAACGAAUACUGGAGUAGUUGAAGGAGAGUUCAGCUGUGAAUACAAAGAUACAGACCAUGGUCCAGAGAAAGAUGUCAAACACUUGUUCUUCCUCAAUGUAAAAGUGUGUGAGAACUGCUACGAGUUGACCGGGUUCUUGGCGGCGGGCGCCAUAAUCGGUGACUUACUGGUUACAGGAGCAGUUAUUCUCAUCGUCUACAUGUGUGUGUCGAAAAACACGGACAGCACACAGCAGAAAGCAUCAAAAUUACGAACAGCAGGCGCUCCUCCACCUCCAAACCCAGACUAUGAGAGACUGAAUCAUAACACGCGCAGCACUGAUUUGUACGCAGGCCUUCACAAAUAGACGCUUCAGAUGCGUGUACAAGAGAUUUACUGUAAAACAGUUUCCGAAUUAAACUCUGAUGAAUCAUAGUGUUUCUUAAACAGCCCCAUUUGUUCCACAGUAUAUAUUAUUGAUUAUUGACAUUCAUGUGAGAGUCAGAUCGAGACUCACUGAUCAGUGUUUGUGAUGUUUAUAUACGGUUCGUGAGAGUAACUCUGCGUUUGGAAACUUCUGCUCAUGAAACAUCGGAAACUCAUGAUGGAAACAUCAGCAUGUGAAAUACUGUAACUAAACACGUCUGUCUCUGUGCUUUGUUGUUUUUAAGAUUGUGUGAUUUCUUGUAUGUUGGUAAUCUUGUUUUCAUGUUUUUACAAGAACGAUUCAUUCUAGAUUUUAUCUUAUGCAAACUUAUUUAAAUCUGAAUGAACCGAGUCAAGGAUUGAAUGAUGCAACUGCUGUACUGGGAAAAUACAAGUGAAAAAUAAAGUUGAUUUUGUGUAA